GGCCGCCUCCGCCACCCGCCACGUCACGUACGGCGAGCUGCGUGCCGCUGCCGCCCGCCUGGCUACCGCCAUGCAUGCCCGCGGCGUGACCAAGGGCGACCGCGUCGUUGUGGUUGCGUCUAACAGCGUCGAGACGCUGCUCGUCUGGCUGGCUACCGCCUGGCUCGGCGCCAUCUUCAGCAGCAGCUCCACCGACAUGGGCGUCAAAGGCAUCCUCCAGCGCGCCGUCCAGGUGAACCCCAAGCUCCUCUUUAUGGAUGACGCCGCCCUCUACAACGGCAAGGUCGUCGACCUCCGCCAAAAGAUGGCUGAUGUUGUCAACGGCCUCAAGGAUUGCUCCAACUUUGCUGGCGUCGUGUCCAUCCGCCGCUUUGAGCAAGCCCGUGACAUCUCUGCAGUGCCGCGCGCCGAGACAUGGGGCUCGUUCCUCGCCGCCGCGCCUCCAGGGGUCAGCCCGCCUGAUCUCGUACGCAUCGGCUUCCACGAGCCGUUCCUGAUAUGCUACUCCUCGGGUACUACCGGGGCCCCCAAGGCCAUUGUCCAUUCGGUCGGCGGCGUCAUGAUCAACUACUUCAAAGAGGCCAGGCUGCACGAGGGGCUUGGCCCCGAGAGCGUCACCAUGCAGUACACCACGACAGGCUGGAUCAUGUACCUGGCCAAUGCCGGGUCCCUGCUGUUCGGCGCCCGCACCGUCAUGUACGACGGCUCUCCCUUCCAGCCCGACGCGAGCAUCUUGAUCAAGAUUGUGGGCGAACAAAAGGUCACCAAGCUCGGCGUCAGCCCGCGCUGGAUGCUCGAGGUGGCCAAGAACGGGAUGGCGCCGCGCGACAUGGCGGAUCUGUCUAGCCUGCGCAUCGUUACCAGCACGGGAAUGGUUCUCUCGGAUCAGCUCUUCGAGUGGUUCUACGACGCGGGCUUCCCGUCCCAUGUCCAGCUUGGCAAUAUCUCGGGCGGCACCGACAUCGCCGGCUGCUUUGGCAUCAUGAACCCCCUAACCCCUGUCUACGUCGGCGGCACCCAGGGGCCGUCUCUCGGGAUACACGUGGCUAUCUUUGAUUCGCUACUAUCUAGCGACGAGCCAGGAAAGGAGGUGCCCCAUGGCACCCCCGGCGAGCUCGUGGCCGCCGCCUCCUUCCCCAACAUCCCUUGCGCGUUCUGGGGCGACAAAGAGCCCACAGCUACGCCGGGAUCAAAGUACCAUGCCGCGUACUUUGAGCGUUUCAAGCACGUAUGGGCGCAGGGAGAUUUCUGCUGUGUGCAUCCGGUGACCAGGAAUAUCGCCUUCCUCGGCCGCGCCGAUGGCGUGCUCAACCCCUCGGGCGUCCGCUUUGGCUCCGCCGAGAUCUACUCGGUCAUCGAGCGCCGCUUUGCUGACCGCGUGCAGGACUCGCUGUGUGUCGGCCAGCGCCGCCCCCACGACCACGACGAAACCGUGUUCCUCUUCCUGCUCAUGAAACCUGGCAAUUCUUUCAGCCGGGCGCUGACUGCCGAUAUCCGCGAGGCCAUCAGCCGUGACUUGUCCAAGCGCCAUGUUCCAAAGUAUAUCUUUCAGACUCCUGAGAUACCCACAACAAUCAACCUGAAGAAAGUCGAGCUGCCCGUCAAGCAAAUUGUGAGCGGGCAGACCAUCAAGGCGAGCGGCACGCUGGCCAACCCCGAAAGCCUAGACUACUACUACCAGUUCGCCAAGGUGGAGGAGCUAGUUGCGCCAAAAGGAAAGCUAUAAUUGAAAGGUGCUUAGUUGGUGGGCUGGGAUAGGUAGAUGAGAGACUGAACCGGAGAGGUUCGUUCGGAAGGGAUAGACUAUCGAAGAAUCGACUCUCGGUAGUGAGAAUUAAUUAAUUACGAUAGGAAUAAAAUAAAAAUAAUAUAAGUAAAGUCAUAGCGAAGUCGUAAUAACGGCGUAACUAGGAAGUAACGGAGAAAUAACUUGGAGGUAACUAAGAGGUAACUAAGAGGUAUCUAAGGAGUAACCUAGAGGUAACUAAGAGAUAACUAAGAGAUAACUAAGAACUAUAAUAUAACUAAGAGGUAAUAAAGAGUUAACGAAAUAUUACGAAGUAUUAUUAAGGUGAUAAACCUAGAGGGGAGCACUUAUAUUGCUUUGGGGUUUAGACUGGGUUAGGCUUGGUAUUUAUUAUCUUAUUACCUUGACAUAAGAA